CUUAUUUGACUGCUUCUUGCAGGAUGAAGUUAUUGCUGUUUCAGAGAAAGUCACUGUGAAGCUUGAAGACUUGGCAAAAUGGGCCCAGUCCGAUUUCUCCAAGUGGAAGUGUGGUUUCCGGGCUGAGCCGGUUAAACCGAUGGAUGUGGGAAAGAAUGGGCAGAAGGAGGCCUUGAUGAGAUACAGACAAUCCACGCUCAAUAGCGGCUUGAACUUCAAAGACAUCCUGAAGGAGAAGGCUGACCUUGGUGAGGAUGAUGAAGAUUCAAACCUGCUAAUUCUCAGCUACCCACAGUACUGUCGCUAUCGUUCCAUGUUAAAGCGCAUUCAGGACAAGCCUUCUUCAAUACUAACAGACCAGUUUGUUUUAGCCCUGGGUGGCAUAGCAGUAACAAGCAAGAACCCCCAAAUCUUCUACUGUCGGGAUACAUUUGAUCAUCCAACCCUUAUAGAAAAUGAAAGUAUAUGUGAUGAGUUUGGUAAGUCACUUCACAGCUAUUUUCUUUUCACAUGACAUUUUUCUUCUUCUUAGGUGUCCACCAAUUUUCAAGGGGGAAAUGUGAUUCCUUUAAAGUGAAUCAAUGCUAUUUACUGUUUGAAGUUUUAAGUACCAAAUGUGCUCUUUCCUCUGAGUCUGAAGGCUUCUAGCUACUGCUGAUCUCACAUUUGCAGCUUGAGUUUAUCACAAUCAAAGAUAAUGUUACAUGGAUAGAGUAUGUAGCACAGUCACUCAGUACAAGUGAAAGGAUCCCUUGUCUGGAUUUGGAAUUUAUUUACCUUAACCAUUAGCCUGUGGCCUGUGUCUUUGCAGAAGCUUUACAAUGUGUGUUGUUUUGUUAAAGCCAUUGUUGGUGCUGUAUGCUAAUAAAUGCAAA